UUUUUUUUUUCCAACAGAGGUGGAGAUAGGAGCUUGAACUGCACAGUCCUGGCGAGUGAAAACAACCGAGAGUAUCAUCAACACAGGGAGGAUUCAAACUCUCACCGAAGAUUGGAACACUUAUAACUACAUUUAUAUUUAUAUACUAUUAACGUCGGGAUAAUUUAACAUUAAACUAGCUACAGAGCAGCUGGCUCAAUGGAUCGGUACGAUAACCUGGAUUUGGAUUUGGAAUGUGAGGGAGGAGGUGUCUCUCAAAAAGCAGCAAUAUUCGGCGGGAUGUUCAAGAGAUCAUCCAAGGUUGUAGAACCAUCCGUCCAAGCACAGGACAGUUUAUCAGUCAGCAGUGAACUUUCAAAGAGCGACGACAGUCUGACUGACAACAACAACACCAAGGACAAAGGAGGAGUCUUCAAAGGGAUGUUUAAGAAGACGUCCAAAUCUGCCAAAGAGGGUCAACCACAGACCAGCCUCUCGUUGCAAAAUCCUGAGCUGUCUGCCAGUAGUGACAGCUUAACAGACAACAAGCCAUCCAAGGAGAAAUCAGGUAUGUUGGGGGGGAUACUGAAACGACCUCCAAGACCAGGACCCGUCCGGAGGCCGUCACAGGAUCUACUGGAGGUGUCGGGCGUUAACGAGGGUCCGUCAGAGAACGGCAACGCGACGGAGUCAGGAGGGAUGUUCAGUGGGAUGUUUAAAAAGUCUCCAAAACCCUCUGGAGCGAGGGCUCAGUCUAAGGAGGAUUUGUCUGCACCCAGCAAGCUCUCAGGCAGCAGCGACAGCCUUUCUGAGAACAGCAACACUAAGGAGUCGGGAGGGAAGUUCAGUGGGAUGUUUAAAAAGCUCUCAGGAGCCAAGACACAAUCACAGGAUGAUUUGUCUGCAUCCGGUGAGCUCUCAGGCAGCAGCGAACAGCUUUCUGAGAAGGAGAAAGGAGGAAUGUUUGGUGGUAUGUUCAAAAAGAAAGUUGCCAAAUCUCAGUCUCAGGAUGAUUUGUCCGUGGACAGUGAACUCUCAUCCAGCAGCGACAAUCUGACAGAAAAGUCUUCAAAGGGUGGAGUGACAGCGAAGAUCCUGAAGAAUCCUUUCACCUCCUCGUCUCAGGAGAAGGGAAAGACUGAAGACACAAAUGAGAAUAGCUCCUCAGCAGAGAAGCCCAAAUCCAAACAGAACGGUUUCAGUGCAGUGAUGAAGAGCACGUUCUACCCUGACAAACAGGAGAAAAGCUCCAACACCGAUGACAAUGAGGAGCCAUCAGACAACGGAGACAGUCAGGCCAAUCACAAACAGAGUAAACUGGCCGGAGCGAUGACGAAGCUGAAUCCAUUUAGAGCCGCAAACAAAUAUGAGAAACAGGGCGACUCAGAUGACGAGGAUCCACCUGUGAGCAGCGAGAAGUCUUCAGGUCACAAACAGAACGCCAUGGCCGGAGCCAUGUCCAAACUCAAUCCAUUCCGCUCUGCAAACAAAAAAGACACUGACGACACCGAGACACUCAAGGAGAAUGAGAAAAAAGUGGAAGAGAAGCCAAAACCGGUCAAAAGUAACAUGAGCCAGCCGGAAAGGAAGGAAACGCCACCGGUUCCACGCAGACCGACCCAAGAGGAGAUGAAGGGGACGGCCACGUACGACAAAGUCAGAUCAAGGAGAACCGAGGACAGUAAGGAUGUCGCCCCCAAAGAGAAGAAAGAGAAACCAACAGCAGUUCCCGUGGUUUCCUUGGAGGAGGACAUGAACAAAACUACAAGACAUGAUGUGAAAAAGCAGAAGAACAACAACCACCAGUCAGAUGAUGAAGGACUCAAGGAAGAUGAAUCUGCCGAUGAGACGAACCCUCUAGAGAACAAAACAACCAACGAGAAAAAAACUAAGCGCCAUAAUCCAUUUAUGUCUCGUACUGCAGUCAAGGAUGCGUCUGAUGAUGAAGGGCUGAAAGAAGAGUCUUCGUCCAAAGAUGAAAACAAAGAAGAGGAGGGAAAAACCAAAACAGAGGAGACAAAAGUCAAGAAACCCAAGAGACACAAUCCCUUCAUGCCUCGGGUCAAGCCCAAAGUUGUUCAGAUGCAAGAUGAUGAAGCAGAGAAUGAAGGAGCAAACAGGUCUCUGUUUGACAAGCUGGAUGAUUUUCGUCUCGAGCCCUCUCAGCCUGAAGACAGUCAGGAUGUGGAGAAUCUCAUGGACUGGUGGAACACAGUGGAGCAAUGGGAAGACGUAUCUCAAGAUGAUGACAUGACAGAAAAAGAAGAGGCCAAGGCAUUCGCUUUGACUGCAGAAAAAGUUCAGAAGGGCAUCCGUGUCUUCAACAAACUGUUCUCAGAGCGCGCUGAGAGCCUCUGGCAGCACGUCAUCGACCUCAACAGCAUCGCAGACGGCCUGGACAAGUUCAACAAGAAGACAAAGAUCGCUCAAAUCACCGGCGGCUCCACCAGCGCCAUCGGAGGCGUCGCCACGAUCGCCGGCUUCGCCCUGGCCCCUGUCACCAUGGGAACCUCCUUGAUCGUGACGGCGGUGGGAUUGGGCGUCGCCGCGGCAGGUGGUCUGACGUCGGCAGGUGCCGGUAUCUCCAACCAGGUCAACAACUCCAUGGACCGCAAGAAGGUGGAGAAGAUCGUGGAGGACUACCAGGAGAAGAUACUGGACCUCAACAAGUGCCUGAAGUUCAUCAAGCAGGGUAUCGAGAACCUGCGCAAGUUCGACCUCAUCAAGAUGAAAAAACAUGCAUACAACCAGGACUUCCCUGUGCUCAGUACCAGCUUCUAUGAAGACGGUGCCAUGGCAGGAAAGGCGAUCCUCAUCAACGCCAACGAGAUCAUGCGCGUGGUGCAGAUUGCUAACGUGGCAGGCAGCACGGCGGCCAGAGCGGUCCAGAUCGCCAGUAUGGCCACCGGCGUGCUCACCGGACUCUUCGUAGGGAUGGACAUCUACUUUGUGGCCAAAGACUCCAAAGAACUCAAGAAAGGGGCAAAGUCGGAGUUUGCUUCUAAAAUCAGGGAGGUGGCCACGCAGCUGCACGACGGUCUGGUGGAGCUGAACUCGAUCCGGGAGGAGCUGCAGUCCACCCAACCAGAAAACAGGAAGAGCAGCGAAUCAGAAGCCGUGGACACUGAGAAGAACGUGAAAGAUGACAAGUACGAGAGUUCGGAUGAAGAUGAAAUCGAUCGCAUUAAAAAGGCCAUCAAACAGGACAUUGAGAACCGGGAAUAUGUUUGACACAUGACAUCCCGCUUAUUAUUAAGUUUUGUUUGUUUGUGCUUUUUAAAAUAAGGAUAGAUUGAAACAUUCAGAUGAAUGUGUUUUUGAGUGUAUGGAAGUGUAUGGAAACUGAAAUAUCAUCUUAAAAUUUCAUCAACAUUUACAGUACUCCGGUAGGAAGUAAGGCAUUGUAUCAUAACUGCUUCUUGGGUAUCUGUGCCACUUGGUGAAAGGUUUCGAGAAAAUGGGAUUCAGAUUUAAUAAUAUUUUUCAAUAGCAACAAUUAAAUGGGAGCAGUAGCAUUAGUCAGUUUUAAUAUGUUGUUUGUCAGGAUUAAAACUAUUUCCUGACGUCCUGUACUUGAGGGAAAUGAACGCGACAUUUUAAAGUUAGGGUGAUCAGAUAUGUAAAGAUUGUGACUUAUAAAAAAUUGACCUAAAUACUUUCUUUUAGUUUGUAGCUUGUUUCAAAUUUGUGAUUCUCUAGAGUUAGGGCUGCCCAAAUCCACUGUCUAAACAGGAAGUCCCAAUCCUUUGUAAAUGCAGUGUAGUUUAGGUUUAGGGUGAGUAGGAAAUAUCUGGUUAAACUAAACUAAACAAUGUUAUAUCGGUAUGUAGUUCUACUGUUUUAGACUCUUUUGUAGCAUAUUGUGUUAAUUGCCAGUUAACAUAAUGUUUUCUAAACUAACUCUAAAACUUCUCAGUCUGAACUGUCUAAGCCGGUCACAUGUUAGCAAGCUAACGUUAGCUCUGUUGGCUGGUUCCACUAGCUAAGCUACUGUUUAAUCAAGUUACUGACUGUAAAUAUAAUUGUAGCAACUAAUAUAGAUAUGAUGAAUGGUUUUUGUGGAGCCACAUGGAUUAAACCAGUUAUGUGUUUACUAUUAAUAUGAACAGCUGUGCAGUCCAGGCUGCAUGUGAGGAAGACACAAUUUGCCAAAUGUUUUUUUUUUUUUCUACAGAGUUAGCCGUUUGGUUUUCAUUAACAUUUCCUCUCUGAUGAGGUGUUUUAAUGGUUUUCGUGGUGUAAAACAGUCCAUUGUUUGAUAACUGGAAUGACAGGGUGGUGAAAAACCAAUCUGAUUCCUGGGAAAAACCGUUGCCGAUUUCAUUUGAGAAUCAAAGGUUCGAUAGUGUCAACGCUAUAGUCUCUUUAGGGACAGUCAUAUUUAUUUUCCUUUUUUGUCGUGGGUGAAGUUGAUCAUUCAACAGUACCAUUCCUGUGCAAUAUAUUUUCACUGUGUAAUAAAUGUAAAUAUUAAAUUAAAGGCCUGAGAAACA